AUAGUGAAAUUACAACUAUGGUACCUAUUCAAACAGAAUAUCUAAACACUUUUUGCCUUAAAUGUGGUAAAAUUUGUCAUGAAAAAUGUAAUGGGUGGCUUCUAUUUUGCUGCAUUAAUUGGUUCGGACAGUGUACUAUAUGUAAAUGCCAUUACUUAAACCAUGCAAGGUCCUACUUUAAAAUGGAGCAACAAAUUCGAAAGGUUUCAAAAAUUAUUAAUGAUGCCCAAGCAGAAUAUUUACAUGAGAAAAAGGCCUCAUAUGACAAGAUAGUGGAUGAAAAACGAAAUGAGCUUGAAGUGUUAAAUAUGACGGUAUUCGCGUGUCGUCAAC